GAGCCAGCGUUAGAGCCUGUCACCAAUUCUGCGGGAACGGUGAGCACAAGGGAAAAGGAGGCAGCCAGGAACAGGACCUGUGGGGAACAGGAAGAGCUCUGCCUGUGUGAAGCUGGCUGAGUGAGAAGCUGCAUUCUAGGAAUCAUGAGAAGACAGAAGACAGCAAGAGAUGAAGAAAACGCCUAUGGCGUCCAGGGGACCCGGGUACCAGGAUAUGUGCUUUCAGGUUCGGGAGCUUACAGACCACUGGUGCCCACAGGUUCAGAAGCCGACGAGUCUGCCCUGCAGGAGCCCAGGCUGCGGCUCCUCCUGGCUGGGAGGUCAGGGAGUGGCAAGAGCGCCACGGGCAACAGCAUCCUGGGCCAGAAGCACUUCCUCUCCAGGCUCGGGGCGACGUCGGUGACCCGGACCUGCGCCGCGGGCAGCUGCAGGUGGGCCAAGUGGGACGUGGAAAUCAUUGACACCCCGGACCUUUUCAGCUCCGAAGUCUCCCAGACAGACCCGGGCUGCGCGGAGAGAGGCCGCUGCUACCUGCUCUCGGCGCCGGGGCCCCACGCCCUGCUCCUGGUGACCCAGCUGGGCCGCUUCACGGCCCAGGACCAGCAGGCCUGGAGCGGGGUGAAGGCGCUGUUCGGGGACGGCAUCGUGACGCGCACCAUCGUGGUCUUCACCCGCGAGGAGGACCUGGCCGGGGGCUCGCUGCAGCAUUACGUGCGCGACACCGGGAACCGCGCGCUCAGGGAGCUGGUGGCCGAGUGUGGGGGCCGAUUCUGCGCCUUCGACAACCGAGCCGCCGGCGGGAAGCGAGAGGCGCAGGUGACGGCGCUGAUGCGGCUGGUGGAGGAGCUGGUGAGGGACCACGGCGGCGCCCCCUACACCAACGACCUGUACGGCCUGGCGCAGGCCCUGGACGGCGCGGACCCCGCGGAGAGGCUGCGCAGGGUGGCGGAGCGAGUGGCCGUCUGCGCGCAGAGGCGGCGGGAGCGCUGGCCGCUCGCCUGGCUGCGGCGGUGGCCCAAGGCGCCGCGGACCUGGUGUAAGCUGGGCGCGUGCAGCCUGCUGGGCGCCCUGGUCGUGCUCUGCCUGCUCUACAGGCACCGGCCAGAGGCCGCGACAGGGUGAUACUCAGUCUUGCAGGUAACCUGGCAAGACAGGAACUGAACACUUGGGUCUGAA